AAGUCAACAAAAUAAAUGGCGCUAAAUUAGUGUACAAAUAUAAGUGAUUUUUUCUGUUGAAAUGGAUACACAAAAUAGUUUGUAUGGGAGUUUGUGUAAAUUUUUUACUCUCGUGUCAAAAUCGAAAUCACGUAGAGAUGGAAAACUUAAUGGUUCCAAUUUUCUUGAAGUGGAACUUGAAGCUAAAGAGAAAAAACGUGCUAAGCGUGAAGGAUUUAGCACGUUGUUCACAACACGGGCCAUUGAAGACGACAUGCUUCCGGAAGAAUUUCAGUUAUCAGCUUGGAUUUUUAAACUGAGAACUUUAAUUCCUUGUUCAGAGGGAAAUGCACUUGAAAAUGCAAUUUCUGAACUUGAAAAAAUAUCUACUGGGCAAACUAGCACAAUUUUGCCAGUGAUAAAGUUCCUCGUUUAUAUAGAUCCAAUCAAAACUGAUGAUUUACCAUCACUUCAAAACAUAAAUGCCCGAAGUUAUAACAAUGAGCUUAAGAAACAUCAAACUGAAAAUAGGUGGGCACAGUGUGUACCCUACCCAGUAAUCAAGCAUGAUAUGUUUGAAGUCCCUCCACUAAAUUUUCAUAUAGGAGAAGUUUAUGCAUCCAACAUUGUAGCCAAACUGGAAUCCACUAAACAGCUAGAUGAACUUGAUAGGGUACAUCACAACCUAUUUGGUACCCUGGAAAAUCCACCAAAGAACCUGAACUAUCUUGGAAUUUCCAAAAGCAGCAAAUUAACUCUUGGCCUUAAUGUAACCAAAUCUGAAGCCAAACAAACUUCCACUAUCCGUGAUGACGGGUAUGAAUCACCGACUUCUCAUACCGAGUUCGUAACAGACAAGGUCGACAACUACUGGGAAAAUCUGGAAAACUUAUGCGACUCGUCAAGCAUUCGUAGAACCUGGGAAGCAAAAUUAUCAGGAGAAGCCUAUCCAGCCAAAGAAUUACCUUACUUUUCUCAAGCUCCUUUACAUGUCAUGGAAACACUAUGUCAUCAAUUUGAAGAAAAUCUUAAUUUGGUUGAUAGAAGCCUACCAAUAAGAGAUACCUUCAAAAUGGAAGAAAAUGAAAUACGAAAAGACAUUCAGUAUUUGAUGUUAGGCAUCGAGUCACAAACGUUUGCCUGCGUUGAUGAUGAAUUUCGCGUGAAUGGUUAUCCAUUUAUUGACGGCAUUAGUACCGACUGUUUAGCCGAUCUAGUCCAACCACUGGUAGAAAGUGGCACUUUGGUUCGGCGUCUCAGCAAAGCAAUUUGGAAUCCAAAAUUUGGUCCUGUACGUAAUACUCUUGGUGACCAGCUACUAGAAAGCUUACAAUACUAUCAGCAAAUGGUGGAGGAAGUGACCGAGUCCCAGUCGUUGCUUGCAGUUGUUCAACAACUAAAAACUCUUUCAUCUUCAAUUAAAAUAAUGGAUCAAUUAUGGCAUUGGCCUGGUUGGGAAGGUGGUAGUGGACGUGGAGCAGCGUUUCUUCAACAUCUUGUUGAUCUUUCUACAGUCACAGUUGACGACCACGAACGGAAUCUUUUGACGGCGUAUUUCGCUGCAUGCGUCGUUCCGUUUCUCUUGUACUUGGAGCAGUGGAUAUACCGCGGGAUUUGUUGCGAUCCACAAGAGGAAUUUUUUAUCCGAAUUGACCAGGAACAACUGGCAAAACGUGAUAGACAUUGUUGGAUCAAUGGCUUCACCUUUCAGCCCAUCAACCGAGCAGAAGGAGGGCCGUUUGUAAACUCAGCUGCAGAGGAUGAUGCCAUCACGGGUAUUUUGAAUGACGUUUAUCUUUGUGGCAAAACGCUCCACCUUUUACAACUCUGCCAAGCAAAAGAACUUGUACACGGGGAACCGUCGUUACGAAUUGGUCUCAGCUUAUCUGAGUUGAACGAUAUCCGGCUUGAAUGUGCAACGUACGCGCUUAAGUUCCCAGCGGCGGUGGAUUUCGUUAAUCCUGUCAAGGAUUUAAGUCAACAGGCACGCGAAACGCGUGAAUUCAAUUUGGCUAAACUUGUAGCAGAAAACGAAGCUAAACAGAUUGAGCGAGCUCGGCAGCGUACGGAGCGUCAUGCAUUAGCCAAAGCCGAGUUGGAUGAACAGAUGAAACUCAAACGGGCAGAAGAGAACAAGAUUGCAUAUCAGGAAAAGUUAUUGGACGAAGACAUCCAACAGUAUCAUGACGAAAUCGAUAAACGUGAAGCUGAGGAGAAAAGAAGAUUGCUCAUUAAAUACACUCAACUUUUGGAGAGUAAGGAAAAUUCGAAUGUCGAAUCGUCCGAAGAUGAGUUGAAUGCUAAUGACCAAAGAGAAAUGGAUGAAGAGAAUAACAUAGUUAUCCUGCCCCAAUCUGAUAACGCUAAUGAUAUAACAUCAAUCACUACCCCAACUUCAACUUUAAUUCCGCCAUCCACGUCGGCUACAACGACAAUUUCUGCUUCGUCAACCCGGCGUAAAAAGAAAAUUCUUACACGAGAAGAGAUCAAAACGAAAGUUUUACGGGAAGAAUUUGGAAUAGAUCCACGGUACACUAAAGAGGAAACAGAAUCCAAUCGGGAGGAAGACACACAGCCAACAACAAGCCCCUACGAACCGAAAAGUUGGACUAAUCCAGUUGCAAUUUCUUACCCGUUUCAGUUCGGUUUCCAGACCCAUCCACAGCCAAUAGUAAAAAUUGAACAAGAAAAAAAAGACUGGCUCCAGCAAGCCAAACCAUCGGAAGAGGAAAUCCGGGAUUUUUCACUUUCUUUCUUUGUACAGCGUAGUUUACUAUUACCCAUUCGUACCCAGUGCCAAAUGGUCAACCGCUCUCUAAUGACUCUGUUGACCGGGCCCGACCAUCGUUUCAUGCAACAUUUAGAAGCAUUGCGUCAAUAUUUGUUCCUGGACAAUGGUGCCUUCAGUCAUAGUCUAGUCAGCAACAUUGGUCGCCGUUUGGGUCAGAUUACCCACAUACAUCAACUCAUCAAUAUACCAUCGAUGAACUUUAUUCUGCAAAGCGCACUCAACGCCAUCCACGCUGAUGAAUAUCAUGCGUCGCGUUUGAGUUUCUACAUCAAGGAAGCAACUGGAACGAUAUCCAACUCUCAGCUCGAAGCUUUAGAGUGUUUUACACUUCGUUAUAGGGUUGGCUGGCCACUUAAUUUAAUACUCACUGAAGAAGUUAUGGAUGAUUACAGCCAAAUAUUCUCGUUUGUUUUGCAACUACGGCUAGCCGCAUGGGCGCUUGAAGACGUCUACGUCAACCUGAUGAGGGAUCCGCCCUCCCUUUGGCAUUCAGUUCACAUUGCGCGUCAUUCGAUUUAUCACUUUGUACAGACGCUGCAAAACUAUGUCAUGAAUCAGCUUCUUACUCUUGCCUGGAGUGAAUUUCUAACAGAGCUGAAGAAAAAUGGAGCUCGGUCUCUAGACGACCUCUACGAAUUACAUUCCAAUUACGUCCAUAGAGCUAAAUCACGGCUAUUACUCACGCCGAAGAGCUCAUCCCUUUUGAAAAUUAUUCGUGACGCUCUAAACCUUGCGCUGAAAUUUCGUGGUCUUCUGCUGGCAGCCAAUUACGUCCACACGAAUGCCCUUCAAUCGCAAAUCAAUUCGAUCAGCGCCAAAGCCCGGGAAUAUGCCAAGUUUAUCCGACUAAUUCUAGAAAAGGUGAAAGAUCGAAGCCAUCAGCCCCAUUUUCAUGACCUUUUGAUGAAACUCAACUACAACGAAUAUUACAGCAAUUAGAGAAACUCCCGGGUUUUUACAAGUCACGGUCGAUUGCCUAGCGGAUUGUAAAUACUACAAAAAAGACUCGCAAAAAUUCAAGCCUUUCCGGAAAUCGCAACUGGAGGAAUGUAUACAUGAGACAACUAUGAUUCACUUGUACAUUUUAUACUGAUGCAACGUUCGGUAAUACACAAAGACUGGGAACACG